GUGAAAAGUUAUUUUUCUUUAUAUGUAAUACAUCAAAAUAUUUCUUGCUAAAGAGCACUAUAGCAACAAAAACUGGUAACGAGGUUGUAAUUCGACAUAUGAUCUGGUGUAUCAGAAUCUCAAAACUAUGACAGCUUAAAUUCAAUAUGGCGGCUUCAGUUGUUGUGGUGUCUGCUGCAGAUUUGUCAGAAUGUUUCGAUCUUUACCCCACGAGAAAUUUAUAUUUAAAGCCUAUUUCAAGGCUCGUCAUUGUGGUAACUAUGCCGUCGCUUAAAAUACCAGGUCUUACCAUAUCGAAUUGGGAGAUAAUGGAGAGGCUCAAAGCCAUGGUUGCACCCGAUCAAUUCUUAUCGUUGAAAGUUGCAAAAUCUUCGCUGGAAUUGCUCACUUUCGAUGCUGAAGUGGACUCUAAAACAACACUAACAAAAUUUUUGAUCAAGCUUGAUGGGAAGGGAAUCAAACUAAACGGUUUCGCCGAUCAGUUACGAGUACGAGCUGCUCGUAAGAAGAUACCGUUCCCGAAGAAGCACGAUUGGAACUCGCACUUUCGGGAAUCGGAAACUACCAACGAGAAUCAUCCGGGUGAACGACCUGAUACGGUCUACAUGAGUCACUUGCCGACGAAAUGGUUCGUAGAGAACGAGAAAGACACACGUGGAUCCGAGCUCGUUUUGACUGCAGUGUUUUCUACUUUCGGGGAGGUGAGGUGUGUUGAUAUACCCAACAAUGAUCCGUAUCGAGAAAGAAUUCUCAUGCUAGAAGAAGUUAAAAACGAAAAAACGAAAACCGACGAUGCAGUAAAAGAGACUGGAUUCAAAACAUUUUCUCACAGCUCGAAUAUACAUUUUGAAUGUUACGUGCAAUUUAUGGAAUACUCUGGCUUUGCGAAGUGCAUGAAAGCUAUGCGCGGUAAAAAACUUUUAUAUAUGCUAGAAGACGAGAGAGGUGCUACUGCGAAUAUUGAAGUUGACUUUGACAAAACGCACCACUUAAGCGAGAAAAACAUUAAGCGUCGAAAUAGAAGAAGAGAGCGAUUGAUUCGACAAGACGCGGAAGAACACGAGAGACAAACAAAAGAAAGGGAAGAGCGUGAGCGAAAAGAUGAAAUCGAACGAUUGGAAUCUCGACGAAGGGAAUUGCUCGAGUUAAAAGAGGUUCAAGAUGCUCUGCAACAGAAGGAACAGAGGCGCCGUGUACGAGAGGACAAGAGGAAGAAAAAAAGGGAGGAAAAACGACUCGCAAUUAAGCAGCAGAAGGAGCGCGAAAAGAAAACACUCGAAAUGUUAGAAAACAUGAAGAAACAAAGGAAAGAUGAAGCCAUUGCAUUGGUGGUCGAACUAUUAAAGCGCAUCGCGACGCGAAAACAAGAAGAAGAAAUUGCCGAAGCGAGAAAGCAAGCUGAGUUGUUGUUGAGAAAACAGAUCGAAGAGAAGAAGAGAAAAUUAGAAGAAGAGAAGGAAAGAGAAAGGGAACUGAAGAAGAAACAAAUAGUAACUUUGGAUGACGAGGAAAAGGAGCUUAAACGACGUUUAAAAAAGAUCAUGGCGGAGAAAAAACAACGGUCGAAAGAUCGAAAACGAGAGGUUAAAAUAAAGAGCAUAAAGCAAGCUAAAAAGAGCGCGCGAUCUGCAGUGGGUAAGCGCCGAUGAAAGUUAUAGUGUGCGAAUCAUGCGAUGAUCAUUAUUCGUGUAGCGCUUUUCAGUUUUAUAUUUUUAAGGAUGAACCUUGCAAUAUUUUAGUGAUUCGGCUGGUUUAUCUGAAUGGAAAAGAAUAUAAUAAAACAGACAAGGACGUUGUGUGCAAUGAAAACUCUGGAAUGUUGGAAAGUUGUGUAACAAACAAACAUACGAACAAAAUUAUACCACCUGUUAUUUGUUUUUUUCUUGGGUUGCGCCUUCACAUAAAAAAUAUCAACAUCAAAUUUA